AUGCCGAGUGAGUGGCGCUUCGGUAUGGAGACGCUGCACUUCGGAGUUGAUUUUAUGUCUCAGUGCGUGGGCAUCUGCCGCAAGGUUAUCUGGCCAAGUCGCUCUGCCCCAAGCAAAGAUGUUAGAACUUUGGAGGUCAAAGAAUCAGGGGCUGUGGACGUGGAGAGGAAGGGAAGAUUACAAGCUCGCCACGUCGAGGGCCAAGGUGAGGGCUUCUCGGAAAGUGGUCAGGUUGAACCGGCAGCUCAAGAUCUCAACCCGUCCGAGAUCGACCCAUCUUAUGAGUUCGGAGCAUCGCGCCAGAAUGGUGUCGAUAUGUAUCAAGGUGAUUCCCACAGCUCUCCAGGACCAGCAGCAUCUUCGGAUAGAUCGCGAGUCACAGCUGCGAGGUCCGCAUGGGCAACGCGUACAGAGCGGAUGAAGCGGGUUAUUAUGGCCGAGGUCGAUGAUAUGCCCGAGAGGAGGUACUCGAUUGGCCGGGCGAUUGUGAGCAUCUGA